AACGUUUUUCUUUUUUUUGGUUAGGGUAACACAUCUAAAACUAAUUCUACUAGUUCAUUUUGUGAUAGGAAGAUCUCAGAGGGGUAUGUAAGUUAAACUGUCUAUCUUUUAGUGUGUGCAGUCUUUUUGAACAAAGCUCGGCAGUGUCUAAACACCUCUAUUCCGCUCUCUGGUGGAUUCGCUCCGAGGGCUAGAAUGAGUUCAGACGCAGAGAUGGCAGUCUAUGGGGAGGCUGCCCAGUACCUACGUAAGUCAGAGAAAGAGCGCAUAGAGUCCCAGAGCAGGCCCUUUGAUGGCAAAACAGCCUGCUUUGUCUGUGAUGAAAAGGAACUUUAUGUGAAAGGCACCAUCCUGAACAGAGAUGGAGACAAGGCCAUAGUGGAGACUCUGGAUGGCAGGACUUUAACUGUCAAGGAAGACCAAGUAUUUUCGAUGAAUCCGCCCAAAUUUGAUAAGAUUGAGGACAUGGUCAUGAUGACUCACCUCAAUGAGCCUUGUGUGCUGUUUAACCUCAAAGAGCGCUACGCAGCCUGGAUGAUCUACACCUAUUCUGGGUUGUUCUGUGUGACUGUGAACCCAUACAAGUGGCUCCCAGUCUACAACCCUGAAGUGGUGAACGCAUACAGAGGGAAGAAGAGAAUGGAGGUCCCGCCACAUAUUUUUGCUCUUUCUGAUAACGCCUAUCAGUUCAUGCUAACUGACAGGGAGAAUCAGUCGAUUCUUAUCACUGGAGAAUCUGGUGCAGGGAAGACUGUGAACACCAAGCGUGUCAUUCAGUACUUUGCAACAAUUGCAGUGUCUGGAGACAAGAAGAAAGACUUUGUCAGCAAAAUGAAGGGCACCCUGGAGGAUCAAAUCAUCCAGGCUAAUCCUCUCCUGGAGGCUUUUGGCAAUGCCAAGACAGUGAGAAAUGACAACUCCUCUCGUUUUGGCAAAUUUAUUAGGAUACAUUUUGGGAUGACAGGCAAACUGGCAUCAGCUGAUAUUGAAACGUAUCUCCUGGAAAAAUCCAGAGUUACAUUUCAGCUGGUAGCCGAGAGGAGCUAUCAUAUAUUCUACCAGCUUACUUGCAACAAGAAGCCAGAACUUAUUGAUAUGCUUCUCAUUACCACCAAUCCAUAUGACUUUGCCUUCAUCAGCCAAGGGGAGGUGGCAGUAAAAAGCAUAGAUGAUGCCGAAGAACUGAUGGCCACCGAUGAAGCUAUUGACAUUCUUGGUUUCACCGUUGAAGAGAAGGCGAGCAUCUACAAGCUGACAGGAGCUGUGAUGCAUUAUGGGAACAUGAAAUUCAAGCAGAAACAGCGCGAGGAGCAGGCCGAGCCGGACGGCACAGAGGUGGCAGACAAAGCUGCCUACCUGAUGGGUCUCAACUCUGCGGACCUGCUGAAGAACCUCUGCUAUCCCCGUGUGAAGGUCGGGAAUGAGUAUGUCACCAAGGGACAAACUCUCCAGCAAGUAUACAAUUCAAUGGGUGCCCUUGCAAAGUCUGUGUAUGAGAAGAUGUUCUUCUGGAUGGUUAUACGGAUAAACCAGCAACUGGACACCAAACAACAAAGGCAGCAUUUUAUUGGUGUUUUGGAUAUUGCUGGUUUUGAAAUAUUUGAUUUCAACACAUUAGAGCAACUCUGCAUCAACUUCACCAAUGAGAAACUGCAACAGUAUUUCAACCACCACAUGUUUGUGUUGGAGCAAGAGGAGUACAAGAAAGAGGGAAUCGAGUGGGACUUCAUAGACUUUGGAAUGGAUUUGGCUGCCUGCAUUGAGCUCAUUGAGAAGCCAAUGGGCAUCUUUUCAAUCCUUGAGGAGGAGUGCAUGUUCCCCAAGUCGACUGACACUUCAUUUAAGAACAAGCUGUAUGACCAACACCUGGGCAAGAACAACUGCUUUCUGAAGCCAAAGGUUGUCAAAGGCAAACCUGAGGCCAACUUCUCCCUUGUGCACUACGCCGGCACGGUCGACUACAACAUUGGAGGCUGGCUGGAGAAGAACAAGGAUCCCCUGAACGAGUCUGUUGUGCAGCUCUACCAGAAGUCCUCAGUCAAAAUUCUUUCGAUGCUGUAUGCUAAUUUUUCUGGCACCGAUGAUUCUGCUGCUGGUGGCAGUGGAGGAAAGAAAGCGGCGAAAAAGAAGGGCUCAUCUUUUCAAACGGUGUCCGCGCUCUUCAGGGAAAACCUGAAUAAGCUGAUGUCGAACUUGAGGACCACUCAUCCACACUUUGUGCGGUGUCUGAUCCCAAACGAGACCAAAACACCAGGGGCCAUGGAAAACAAUCUGGUGCUUCACCAGCUGCGCUGUAACGGUGUGCUGGAGGGCAUUCGGAUCUGCAGGAAGGGCUUCCCAAGCAGAAUCCUCUAUGGAGAUUUCAAGCAGAGAUACAGGAUUCUAAAUGCUAACGCAGUUCCUGAAGGCCAAUUCAUGGACAACAAGAAAGCUGCAGAGAAACUCCUGGGCUCAAUCGAUGUUGAUCAUUCACAAUAUAAAUUUGGACAUAGCAAGGUGUUCUUUAAAGCGGGUCUCCUGGGAGUUCUGGAGGAAAUGAGAGAUGAGCGUUUGGCCCAGGUCGUCAUCUGCAUCCAGGCAGUGUGCCGUGCUUACGUUGUGAGAAUGGAGUACAAGAAAAUGAUUGACAGGAGGGAGUCCGUCUACACCAUUCAGUACAACAUACGGGCGUUCAUGAAAGUCAUGCACUGGCCAUGGAUGCGGCUGUACUUCAAGAUGAAGCCUUUGCUGAAGAGUGCCGAGUCAGAGAAGGAGAUGGCACAGAUGAAGGAAGACUUUGCCAAGUGCAAGGAGGACCUAGCUAAGUCUGAAAGCCGCCGCAAGGAGCUGGAGGAGAAACUGGUCUCAGUUGUCCAGGAAAAGAAUGACCUUCUCCUUCAAGUUCAGGCAGAGUUAGAUAACCUGGCGGACGCGGAGGAGAGGAGCGAGGGGUUAAUUAAGAGUAAGAUACAGCUGGAGGCUAAACUGAAGGAGACGUCCGAGAGGUUGGAGGACGAGGAGGAGCUCAAUGCUGAGCUGACUGUAAAGAAGAGGAAGCUGGAGGAUGAGUGCUCUGAGCUCAAGAAGGAUAUGGAUGACUUAGAACCCACCCUGGCCAAAGUGGAGAAGGAGAAACAUGCUGUAGAGAAUAAGGUGAAAAACCUGACUGAGGAGCUCAUUGCACUGGAGGAGAAUGUCUGUAAGCUGACCAAGGAGAAGAAAGCUCUACAAGAGGCCCAUCAGCAAUUGCUAGAUGACCUCCAGGCAGAGGAAGACAAAUUCAACACUCUGAACAAAGCCAAGACUAAGCUGGAGCAACAAGUGGAAGGCCUUGAGGGCUUCCUUGAACAAGAAAGAAAGGCUCGGAUGGAUCUUGAAAGGGCAAAGAGAAAGCUGGAGGGUGAUCUAAAACUGGCCCAGGAGUCCACAAUGGACCUGGAGAAUGAGAAGCAACAGCUAGAAGAAAAGCUGAAAAAGAAAGACUUUGAGGUCACACAGCUCCAAAGUAAGAUUGAGGAUGAGCAGUCACUUUCCUCUCAGCUUCAGAAGAAAAUUAAAGAGCUUCAGGCUCGUAUUGAAGAACUCGAGGAGGAAAUUGAGGCUGAUCGGACUGCCCGAGCCAAAGUAGAGAAGCAGAGGGCUGAUCUCUCCAGGGAGCUGGAGGAGAUCAGUGAGAGGCUGGAGGAGGCCGGUGGUGCCACUGCGGCCCAGAUCGAGAUGAACAAGAAGCGGGAGGCAGAGCUCCAGAAGCUCCGGCGCGAUCUGGAGGAGUCAUCCCUGCAACAUGAGGCAACUGGAGCAGUUCUUCGUAAGAAGCAUGCUGACACCGUGGCUGCGCUGGGGGAACAGAUCGACAACCUCCAGCGGGUCAAGCAGAAGGUGGAGAAGGACAAAACUGAGCUGAAAAUGGAGGUGGAUGACCUCACCAGCAAUAUGCAGACUAUAGCUAAAGCCAAGGUGAAUCUUGAGAAGAUGUGUCGUUCCCUUGAAGACCAGCUGAGUGAGGUAAAAACCAGAGAGGAGCAGCAACUCAGGCUUAUUAAUGACCUUUCUUCACAGAAGUCUCGGCUGCAGACAGAAAAUGGUGAGAUGGCACGCCAUGUUGAAGAAAGGGACUCCUUGCUCUCUCAGUUAACAAGAGGGAAACAGGCCUACAUUCAACAAAUCGAACAGAUAAAGAGGCAAAAUGAGGAAGAUAAUAAAGCCAAGAAUGCCAUGGCCCAUGCUCUGCAGUCGUCCCGCCAUGACUGCGACCUCCUGCGGGAGCAGUUUGAGGAGGAGCAGGAGGCCAAAGCUGAGCUGCAGCGCGGCAUGUCCAAGGCCAACAGCGAGGUGGCGCAGUGGAGAACCAAAUACGAGACGGAUGCCAUCCAGCGCACCGAGGAACUCGAAGAGGCCAAGAAGAAGUUAGCUCAGCGUCUUCAGGAGGCAGAGGAGGCUGUUGAAGCCAUCCAUUCAAAGUGCUCCUCUCUGGAGAAAACCAAGCAGAGGCUGCAAAGCGAGGUGGAGGAUCUCAUGACGGAUGUGGAGAGGGCAAAUUCAGCUGCAGCCACUCUGGACAAGAAGCAAAGGACCUUUGACAAGGUACUGGCUGAAUGGAAGCAGAAAUAUGAGGAGAGUCAGGCUGAAUUGGACGCUGCCACGAGAGAAGUUCGGUCAAUGGGCACAGACAAUUUCAAACUGAAAAAUUCAUAUGAGGAAUCUCUGGAACAUUUCGAAACACUGAAACAUGAAAACAAAAACCUGCAACAGGAAGUCAUGGAUCUGGCAGGACAGCUUGGAGAGUCAGGGAAAACCAUUCAUGAACUCGAGAAGUCUAAGAAACAAGCAGAACAGGAGAAAACAGAGAUUCACAAUUCCUUGGAGGAGGCUGAGGCAUAUCUGGAACAUGAGGAGUCAAAGAUCCUUCGCGUGCAGCUGGAACUGAACCAGAUGAAGUCUGAGGUGGAGCGAAAGAUCGCUGAGAAGGACGAGGAGAUGGAACAGCUGAAGAGGAACAGCCAGAGGAUCAUAGAGUCAAUGCAGACCACCCUGGACUCAGAGGUGAGGAGCAGGAACAAUGCCCUGAGAAUCAAGAAGAAGAUGGAGGGAGACCUGAAUGAGUUGGAGAUUCAACUGAGCCACGCCAACAGGCAAGCCAGUGAAUCACAGAAACACCUGAGGAACAUUCAGGCUCAACUAAAGGAUGGUCAGAUUCAUCUGGAGGACGUGCUGAGAAACAACGAUGACAUGAAAGAGCAGGUUGCCGUGACGGAGCGCAGGGCCAACCUUCUGCAGGCUGAGAUUGAGGAAAUCAGGGCCACUCUGGAACAGACUGAGAGGAGCCGCAAGCUGGCUGAACAGGAGCUGGUGGAUGCUAGCGAACGGGUUCAGCUUCUGCACUCACAGAAUGUUAACUUGGUCAACACCAAGAAGAAACUGGAGUCUGACCUUAACCAGAUUCAAACUGAAAUGGAGGAUUCCAUCCAGGAGGCCAGGAAUGCUGAAGAGAAAGCCAAAAAGGCCAUCACUGAUGCUGCUAUGAUGGCAGAAGAGCUGAAAAAGGAGCAGGACACCAGUGCUCACCUAGAGAGGAUGAAGAAGAACCUGGAGACCACUGUUAAGGACCUGCAGCAUCGCCUGGAUGAGGCUGAAAACCUGGCCAUGAAGGGUGGGAAAAAACAACUUCAGAAACUGGAGUCCAGAGUGCGUGAGCUUGAGAACGAGCUGGAGUUGGAGCAGAGACACAGCUCUGAUGCCAUAAAAGGUGUUCGCAAAUACGAGCGCAGAGUUAUGGAGCUUUCCUAUCAGUCUGAGGAGGAUAAGAAGAAUGUCCUUUGCCUGCAAGAGCUUGUGGAUAAACUGCAGCUUAAGGUGAAAGCGUACAAAAGGCAAUCUGAAGAGUCUGGGGAACAGGCCAACACAUACUUGUCUAAGUUAAGGAAGGUGCAGCACGAGCUGGAGGAGGCUCAGGAGCGAGCCGACAGUGCCGAAUCCCAGGUCAACAAGAUAAGAGCCAAGAGCCGAGACCUGGGAGCGAAAGUGAGUCGAGAGUGAGACACUGACGAGCAUCACAAUAGGAUUUGCCGUUGGCUGGAUUCAUGCAUAUCAUUUGAAUGGGCUAAUGUGGGAUGUGUUUUUUUUUCCCACUCCCUUCUUUCUUUGCAGGGAAAAGAUGCCAGUGAAUAAAACAGCCACUUGGGGAAAAAGUAUUUUAGCGUAAUGACAUCAAAGCAAUUCUCCUUUCAUCUCUUGCUGUUCAUGCAAAACCGUUUUGACAGUACGAGGCACUUG